AGUCUGGUCCAGUCUGCAUUUUCAUUGCCCUCAUUUAAUAUUUCGGUUAGUCUUAUGAAGUCUCCCCAGUAAACACCAGCACACAGGAGUCGCUCACGUAUGUUUGACACAUUUUCUUUCAAACACUGAGAGUCCGCUACUCAACAACAACCGCGCCGACGGGCUGUGAACUGCAAAAACUACUGCAACUAUUGCAACAAAAAAACUAGUGGUUUCCUCAUAAAUAGUAACGGAGUGUCGUGUAUCCUCUCAACACCCUCAACAUCCGGACAAGGAUUUACUGGACAGUUUCCACGAAAGUAACGAGAUAACAAGCGGUGAGGACCGGGGCAGGGUUAUCGGGUGAAAGGUGACAUCGCUUCAGUCUAUUGACUCGUAGGAAUGCACAAUGUGGCAAGUGUCUCAGCCUCUCUUGGAUCGAUGGGACUCCUGCGUCUCUUCGGAGUGUCCUGGUCCUGGAGUCUGGCAGCAGGCCUCGGGGUCUAUCUGGGCACAAGAACCUGGAAAUACUUCUACAUCGCAGCACGCACUGCCAAGAGAGACCUCAAUGGCCUCUAUGUGCUGUUGAGAGUGAAGAUGGCUUUAUGGCGUUAUGUGCGCAAUGGAAGCAACAUUCCUUCCAUCUUUGCCCAGACUGUAAAACUCCACCCAAACAAAGUCGCCAUGAUCUAUGAAGCAACAGGGGAAACAUGGACCUUCACCCAGUUAGAUGAGCUGUCUAACGCUGUUGCCCAUUGGGCAAGAGGUCAGGGAUGGGUCUCCGGGGACGUUGUGGCCCUCUUCAUGGAAAGCAGGCCCUUACAGGUGGCGCUUUGGUUGGGCUUGGCCAAGGUUGGGGUGGAAGCUGCACUCAUCAAUUUCAACCUCCGCCAUGAUUCCCUCCUGCACUGUAUCGGGGUGUCAGGGGCCCAGGCUAUUGUGUUUGGAGCUGAGCUUGCUGAUGCAAUGUCAGAAGUCACUUCCUCCAGCAGCCAGUCCAUGGUACGGUUUUGUACAGGAGAGCUUAGUGCAGAACGUCUGGCAUGUCUGGGUGCUCAACCUCUGGAUCCAAUUUUAGCCUCUGCAUCUAAACAUCCCCCCUCAGCUUGUGUCCCCCCCAAAGGCAUGAACGACCGUCUAUUUUAUAUUUACACCUCUGGCACCACAGGACUGCCUAAGGCUGCCAUUGUGGUACACAGUCGCUACUACAGAAUUGCCGCUUUUGGUUAUUAUGCCUUUCGCAUGCGCUCUGAUGACGUCAUUUAUGACUGUCUCCCUCUCUAUCACUCAGCGGGUAAUAUCAUGGGAGUUGGUCAGUGUCUGAUCCAUGGCCUCACUGUUGUAGUGAAGAGGAAAUUCUCUGCCAGCCGCUUCUGGGAAGACUGCAUUAAGUACAACUGCACUGUGGUGCAGUAUAUCGGGGAAAUCUGCCGCUACUUGCUGUCUCAGCCAGUGCGGCCAUCAGAAAAGGGCCACAAAGUUCGGCUGGCAGUAGGAAAUGGCUUGCGCCCCAGUGUUUGGGAGGCCUUCACAGAACGCUUUCGGGUGGCUCAGAUUGGGGAGUUCUACGGAGCAACUGAGUGCAAUUGUAGCAUCGCCAACAUGGAUGGCAAGGUGGGAGCUUGUGGAUUCAACAGUCGCAUUCUUCCUAACGUGUACCCCAUCCGUCUGGUGAGGGUGGACGAGGACAGUAUGGAGCUGGUUCGGGACAGCCGGGGCCUCUGUGUGCCUUGUCGCCCUGGAGAGCCAGGGCUUCUGGUGGGUCGCAUCAACCAGCAGGACCCACUACGGCGCUUUGAUGGGUAUGCAAAUCAGGACGCUACAAGGAAGAAGAUAGCUCAUAAUGUCUUCAAGAAAAAUGAUUCUGCAUAUUUAUCAGGUGACGUGCUGGUGAUGGAUGACCUGGGCUACAUGUACUUUCGGGAUCGCGGCGGGGACACGUUCCGCUGGCGAGGAGAAAAUGUUUCCACUACGGAGGUAGAGGGCAUACUAAGCAGUCUCAUGGGUCAGACUGAUGUGGCUGUCUACGGUGUGGCAGUGCCAGGCGUGGAGGGGAAGGCAGGCAUGGCUGCCAUUGCAGACACUGCAGGGAGUUUUGACAGCAGUGGUUUCCUGCAGAUGGUUCAAGGAGCUCUUCCUUCCUAUGCUCGCCCAGUGUUCCUGAGAAUCUCCCCACAUGUAGACACCACAGGUACAUUUAAAAUCCAGAAAACCAGGCUGCAGAGGGAGGGAUACGACCCACGUCUCACAACUGACCAAAUCUACUUUUUAAACAGUAGAGCUGCACGUUAUGAGGCUGUAGAUGAGGAGCUAUACAAUGCUAUAGAGGAGGGAAGAAUGUCUCUAUGACAUGCAGGGCCUAGCAGGGCAGUCAUGGUGCCCCAGUGAAACAGAUGCUGUAGAGAGAAAAGAUAAUAUGUUCAUGUUGGUGUUGGUGUCAGUCUUGCUGCACCACCCAACUGGAUUUUUAACCGUUCAGGGAAAAAGUUGAGAGGACUACUUACAUAGGCAGUACUGUUACAGAUGAUAUUUUUAACACCGUUUGAGUAACACACCAGGACAUUAUGUGAGGGCAUGUAUUCCCUUUUAUAACUCCAUUAUCAUUAAACAAACACUUCCAGAAGCUUUUGAGCAUCACCGCACAUAUAGUGGGCAGCCCCCACAAACCCAUUUGAAAUAGGAUACAUGUUACAAUACUGUAGUUAGGAUGGCAACGGGUGGUGUGAAGUCAGGCUUUUUUUACGGGAUAUUUAUGCCCGUUUAUGAAAUAUCCUGCAAGAUUAACUCUGUGCAGCUUUAAGCAAUACUUGAGGGUGGAGUUACUACUGUGUGUUAGGACAAGAUGUCAACAUGCAGUACAUGUGGCUACUAGAUCAAACACUAACCAUAGUCUUAUUUUUAAUGCAAUGGAUCCAAUUAAUCCCACUUGUUUGAACCUAUGAACACUGGCACAGGCUUGCAAAUAAAUAAAAGUUGUUACUGUAUGUGCCUUACAUGAAAGUUCAGAUCUAUGUUUUUGUUUUUAUGAUGAUUAUUUUAUUUUUUUGGAAAGGAGCUCAACAGAAUGUGA